AUGCAGCUAUGCAUGCAUCGCAUCAUCCUGGAGGAUGAGUCUAGUUCUUCCAUUGAACAUCAAAGGAGGCUAAACCCAAACCUAAAGGAAGUUGUAAAGAAGGAGAUAAUGAAGCUAUUGAAGACUGGAGUGAUUUAUCCAAUAUCAGAUAGUGCAUGGGUUAGCCCUGUACAUGUCGUGCCAAAGAAAGGAGGGAUCACAGUCAUCAAGAAUGAACAUGAUGAGCUCAUUCCGACAAGGACAAUCACAGGACACAGAAUGUGUGUUGACUACAGGAAGCUGAACUCCUCUACGCGCAAGGACCACUACCCCCUGCCGUUCACAGACCAGAUGCUUGAGCGCCUUGCCAAUCAUCAAUACUACUGUUUCUUGGAUAGUUACUCAGGAUUUUUCCAAAUUUCAAUCCAUCCAGAUGAUCAGGAGAAGACCACCUUCACUUGUCCCUAUGGCACAUUUGCUUAUAGGAGAAUGCCUUUUGGGUUGUGCAAUACUCCAGCUACAUUCCAAAGGUGUAUGAUGUCCAUAUUCAUGUUUAUGUUUAUUUCAAUGCACAUGAUGAUGCGAUGCAUGCUCCAGGAUGAUGCGAUGCAUGCAUAG